AUGUAAACAAAGUUAAAUGAGAAUCAAAUACGUUUAAGCGGAGCAUAUAAGGUUAUAGAUAGGCUUUAUGAUAAUCCCAAUCCAACCUUGAUUCCUGAUAUUUUCCACAAGAGAAUUUCAAGUGGACUCAAACAUAAUUUAGCCAUUUUUUAUAAUAAAACUGUUUAAGAUUAGAUAUAACCUUGUCUCUGCGGAUGGGGAGACAACUCUUUAUAAUAAUUGGGAAUAGAUUUAACAGGAAAUUCUGAGGCAUCAUUUGAAAGCCCGAGACCAAUUUUUUUAGAGUAUAGAAAAAAUCAGUAUUAUCCUCUUUCUGUAAGCAGUGGUUUAAACCAUUCUCUUAUUUUAGCUGUAAGAAGUGCACUUGUAGAGGAGCACUAAAAGGCUUUAAAUGACAUAGAAAUUUAAAGCAAAAUGGGAAUUAACUAGUAAGAAAUAAUGGAUUAAUUAAAAAAUGAUUUUAUGGAAGAUAUAAAAUUAUUUUAUACUGGUAGAAUUGAAUAUUCUGAUUUAUAAAAUUAAGACUUAUGCAUAUAUGAAUUCAAAUAGUAGAAAUAAGAAGAUUAUAUUGAAAAUUUUGAUAAUGGUAUGAGUAUAUAAAUAAAAAAUCCUGAUCAUGUUAACGUAAUUAGUAAUUUCAACUCUCCUAUGGAAAGUGCUACUAAUUUACCAUUAUUGGAAGAUGUUCAUUCUGAAAAUAAAAAGAUUACUAUCUAACUAACGCCAAAUUAGGAAAUAUAACAACUCCAAAAAUAAAAUUAUUUAACUUCAAAAAUGAAAACAAUUAAAAGAGCUCUAAGUAGAGAAGAUGAUUCAAUUUAUUUAAAUACUCCUAAAAAUAAUUAAAUGUAUAGGGAUUCUUUUGAAAUUAAUAUUUAAUCAAACACAAAAGUUGACUACAGAUUUAUUAUUGAUGAAGUUGUUGAAAUAACUUAAAUAAAAGGUUUUAGUAUGUUUUCUGUUAUAUAAAUUGCUUGUGGAUGGUCUUUUUGUAUGAUAUUAACUCGCAGUCACUAAUUAUUCUCUUGGGGAGAUAAUAGGUCCGGUAAUUUAGGAUUGGGAGAUACCAGAUAUAGAAUUAAACCUUCUCUUGUUUUAUUGGAAUUCGGCAAACCAUUUUAAGUAAGAUUUAUUGAUUGCUAAGCAUAACACUCUGCCGCAAUUUAAUUAGAUGGGAAGCUGUAUACUUGGGGCUAAGGAUUAAAUGGUUAGCUUGGAAUAAAUGCUUAAUCGAAUAUGCUUUUACCUUAAAGAGUAGGUGGAAUACUUGAAUAAAAAAAUAUUACUUAAGUAUCUUGCGGAGUAUUUCACAUGGCAUGCAUAACAAAUGAUGGAUUCUGUUAUACUUGGGGAUCAAAUACGAAUGGAUAAUUAGGACUAGAUAAAGAUCUGCCUUAGAUAAAUUAUCCUUGUGUUGUCGAAAGGCUUUAGAGCUAUUUUAUUAUAUAAGUGACCUGUGGCUAUAAUAAUACAUUUUUUUUCUCUCAGAAUGGUAGAUUAUAUGGAUGUGGAAGUAAUCAGCAUAAUAAAAUUGGAUUAGAUUAUAAUAACUAUUCCAAAAACAGUAAAAAUAUUUACUUACCUGUAGAAUUAAACAACACCUUUUUAAAAGGAGUUUCGUUUUCUAAAAUUAAUGAUUUGUAUAUUUACUAAAUUUAAUCAUCAUUUCAUAGUACAUUUGCCCUCUCAAAUAAAGGCUAUUUGACUAGUUGGGGAUUGAAUGUUUAGGGAAUAUUAGGAAGAAAAAUAUCUACUUUUUCAUCCUAGGAAUUAUGUGGUCUAGAUAUAGACUAUGAUGAUAAAGUUGAAGGCUAUAUUCCUUAACGAUACGAAAACUCUUUUAUACCAAAUCGUGUAUAAAUUGACUAUUUAGGAUUUAAUUAGUAGAUUUUUGUGCCUAUCUAUAAUCAGUAGUUGUACAGAGCUAAAAAGAGAGACUUCAUAUCAAGUGAAUUUGUAGAUGUUUAACUUGGUACUUUUCAUUCUAUGGCUUUAACAAAUGCAGGCGAAUUAUAUAUUUGGGGUAGUAAUGAGUCUAGUCAGCACGCAGUUGAUGACUUAUAGAUUGAAUAGGCUUAUGUUGAUUAAGCAAUAAGCAAAAUUAAAAUAAAUGUUUAAACAUUAGUAACCUCAUCUUUGCCUAGUUUAGUAAAUUUCUUUGAUAUUAAAGAAAAUAGGAGAGUUUCUUUUAUAGCUUGUGGAGCAGAGUAUUGUAUGGCUAUAGAAAAUAGAAGAAAAGUAUAUGGGUGGGGGAAAAAUGACUAAGGAUAACUAGGUAUAGGAGCUAUAUCUACUAUAGUGCACAAGCCAACUGAAGUACAAGGAUUAGAAGGUUUACUUAUGAAAUAAGUGGCUUGUGGAUAAGUUCACACAUUAUUUCUUUCCGAAGAAGGCUGCGUGUAUUCAUGUGGCUCACCGACUGAUGGUAAACUCGGAUUAGGAAAGAGAGAUGCUAUAUAAUUAUUCCCAAUGAAAAUAUAGAGUCUAGCCAAAAUUGAUAAGGUAGCUUGUGGAUAUACACACUCUCUUGCUCUUGGAGAAGAUGUAUAUGUUGAUGAAGAUUUUGAUGAUUUUAACUUAUUACAAAAUGAAUUCAACAAAAAGGUAGUUUAUAGCUGGGGGAGUGCAUAUGAAAGCAAGCUGGGUCAUGGAGAAAAGGAAAAUCUUUUUGAGCCUAAUAGAAUAUAAGCAAACUUUAGCUUCAGAGAUAUAUUUGCUGGUGGUCAUCAUAGUGCUGCUAUAGAUAAGGAACAUAAUUUAAUAGUAUGGGGACCUUAUAUAUAUUUUGGUUAUUAAAAGCCCGAAGAAAAGAAUAAAAAAAAUUAUAGGUAAGAUGUAAAUGAGUUUAUCAGACCUACGCUUCAUCCUAGAUAGUAAUUGAUACAGCAAGUUUAAAAAGUAGCCUUAGGAGAUAAAUAUAGCAUUGUCCUAAAUAAUAUAAACCAAAUAUUUUAAUGGGGUGUCUUUGAUAAGACUUAUGAAAAUAAAUGUAAAGAGAACCCAAAUUUAACAAGGAAUUAAAUAAACGAAUCUCUUAUGAUAAAUAUUUAAAAAAUUAAUGCUCCUUCUUCGACAAUUACUCAAAUUGCAGUCGCUAAUAACCAUGCUGCCUUAAUUUCGAAAAAUUAGCUUUACACAUGGGGAUAUGAUAUGAACACUGGCAGACUUAGUUAGGGAUAUGAAUUCUAUGAUCAAUAAUUAGAGGAGUAAAAGAUGAUAGAUGAUGUUUACUAGGAAGAUUAACAAGAAAAUUAAUAAAAAGAGAAAGCAUAAAUUACAGAUUUGAAUAAUUUAGUUGAACAUCCUUAAUCUUGUUAGUAUUUAAACAGGUUUAUGUUUGACAAGCUGAAUAUUUUUAACACUUUAUAAAAGCAGAAACAUGCUUAACUGAAGAAAAAACAGCACCAUAAAAUUCAAAAUUUUGAAUAAAAUAAAUAUAAAGAAAGCUACAAUGAUCUUCCAUAAGAUUUUUAGGUAGAAGAAGAAAUAGAAGAAGAUGAUGAAGAUGGUAUUGGCGUAAAGGAUAUUGAAGAAGAUGUAAUGGCUGAUUUUAAUGACCUAGAAAAGAAAAAAAGAAGGGACUAACUUAGAAAAUAGACUGAGAUAAGAAUAAAGAAAUAGGAGCAAAGAUAAAAAUAGCACCAAUUAUCAAUAUAAUAGCAACAAUAGUAAACAUCAAUAUAAGUUAAGUCUUCUGAUAUAAGAAAAAGGACAUUUAUGAAACCCAGUACUUAUAAAACCAUUCUUUAUGAGUCAUCUAUGGUCGAAUAGAGUCAAUCUAAAAUUUUAGGGUCAUUUAAUUAAAAUACAAAAGAAUUUAAAAAAUUCAAGACAUUAGAAAAAAUGUAUAAAACUAGUAAGAAUAACAGCCCAGCUGAAAAAAAUAAAAUGGAUCUCUCAUUAAGCCUCCAAAAACACUAGAUUGUACAAAUAGAUAUUAAUGAUUUUUACACUGAUCCAAUUAGAAAUAACACUUUGUACUAAGAAAUUAUGCUUUAAGGAAAACCUGAGCUAAUGGCUUUAAUAAAAGAUGAAGACGGAUAUGGAAUUUUUGCUUUCAAUAAUAUUAUCAACUUGUAUGAUAAAGUUCUUAAUAUUUAGAAUGAAGUGAAGAUGGAUUUCAGCAAAUACAAGGAGUACAUGGAAUAGCAAAUCAAAAUGAAAACAGUCAUCUAGUCUAAAAUAUUUAAAAGAAUUUAAGAACCUCCAUUCCAAAUUUCAGAAAAGAGCAAUGAAAAAAAUAUUAUCAGUGAAGCUUAUUUGAAUCACAAGUUAUCAUACUCUUACUUACUAACACAAUUGACUACUCAUCCUUGCUAUCUCAUUAAGAUUUAUGAAUCAAAAAAAAUGAAGGAAGACGAUUUUUUUAAUAUUGUAAAAGAUAUUUUUAACGAAAUCGAAUCUAAUACCAGAUUACAGAAAGUUUAUAUCGAUAUUUGCAAAAAAGUUCUUCACUUAGAUAUAAGAAAGAAGUCUCUCAAAAAUAGCAAUUUUUCUUUAGAUUUAAAUAAAGAUACAUCUCUCAGCUACACAUUUGUGAAACUUUUCUAGUUGCUGUAUGAAUCAUUUACAUAAAAUAUGCUAAUAAACAGAAAUUUCAGGAUAUUUUUGAGAUAAAAAGUAUUAGACUACUGCAGUUCUGAUACAGGUUCAAAUUCAAUAAUUUAAUAAACUUUGUUUGUUCUCAAAAAGGAUAUCAUUAUCAAUAUUCAUGGACAUUCCAAUGAAGAAAUAAUAAAAUCUGUUUGUAUAUAAAACGCAUACAAAAUAACACAAUUUUUUGAUUAAAUUCUUCCAUUAUUAAAUUUUAACGCUAAUAAAAAUGAUACUACCAUCAAAGGAGCUCUUCCAGAAAAGAUUAGAGAGUUAAUAUAAUUCUCAUCAGACAUGAUUCUCAAAAAGAUUGGAGAAGAAAAUGAAGAUAAGUUAAACUAAAAGUUUUUAUAUAUGAUUACAUCGAACAUCUUUAAUUAUUGUGAACAAAAUAUAGAUAGAUCAAACUUGCUUCUUAAGUACAACUUUGAUUCAAUAAUAUCAAUUUUCAGGCAGUUUAUAAAUGGAGACUUAGGUGAAUCAUAGUCAGAAGAAUAUUAGGUCAUCAACACUUACAUCAAGGCUAAAGAGAUAGAAAAAGAUAUAAUUUACAAAAAACUAAUGGGCAAAAAGAAAUAGAGAAAAAUAAAUAAUGGCUAUGAAAAUAUCACAGAAGUAUAUACCGGCUCUACUAAAUACUAGGAUGAUAAAAUUUUAGUGAAUUUAUCAACUCUAAGCAAACUAACUAAAUUCCUUCACAAAAAUCCAAUUUAUCUCAAAUAAAACUCUUCUGAAGACUUUAUUUUUUAACUAAUUGAAUAACUCUCUAAAGAUACAACUAGUUUUAUAUAUCAAGAGUUGGAUUAAAAAGAUGAAAAAAGAGUGUGUGUUAAGCUAAAAAAUAGGUUAUUUUAUCACUUUGAAACUGAAGGGUUUAAGAGGUGUACAGAUUGUGGUAUAUAUCUGCCUUAAUCUCACUUAAAAAGCUCUGAUCAUAAUUUAAUAGAAAGAUUUUUAAUAUAUAAUCCUGAAGAAAUAGAAAGCUUAGCAAUAUAGUUUAUUAAAAGAAUACCUAACAAAUCAACCUAUGACUAAAUAUUUGGUGGAAAAAUAUAGUUUGAACAAUUUAUUAAUAAAUAAAUAUCCAAUUUUUAUAGAGAAGGAUAAAUUUUAGAUGCAAAGGCUUUAUAAAACUUUAAGAAGAAAUUUGAUAAUUAUAUCCUUCAAAAACAAAAUGAGGAAUCUUAUGACUUUGAAUCUGCUUAAUAGAAAAACCCUUAAUUGGAAUAUUUAUAAUCUCUUAAAAGAUUGCUAGAUAAAAAGACUAUGCAAAUUUUAUCAUAUUAUCAGAAAAUGCAGAGUCUUUAUAGGGUAUUUUUUGAAUUAAGGAAAAGUCUAUAGGAUUAAAUAAAAUUAAUUCCUGUCAAGAAAGGUUAAUAGUUUUUGAUUUUAAAUAAUUGCCACUUUGGAUUAGCUAAUACCGAAUUAUAAUAAUUGUUAGAUUCAAAUCCUAAUUCUGUUAUUGAAAAAGUUUAAAGCUAGCUUCAUAGUAAAGAUAUGAGCAAAGACAUUUAUGCCAACAUUGAUUUCUUUUCUAAACACAACUUAAAUAAAGUUAUUUAAAAUAUUAAGAAUUAAAAUAUGAGCGGAGAUUUUGUAAGCAUUUACAUGUUUGGUGAAUACUCUUACAACUCUUUAAAGCUUAAAAAAGUUGUUAAACAAAUAGAUGAUAAAAUUAUUACUUACAUAAGUGAAUAUGUUGGCUUUAAAAAAAUUAAAAGCGUGGAGUAAAUUGAAGAUUGCUUGUUUUAUAUAAUAUCUAAUUUCGAGAAAAACAAAAUUACAAUUGAUGCAGUAUACAAAGAAUAAGGAUCAAGUAUUCUUAAUGCAAUAUGUGGAGGUAAGAAGUUUAAGCAGUUCAGAAUUGAUCAUUUUACUAUUACUCCUGACCAAUUAAAAGAUAUGAGAAAAUAAAGUCUCACAUAAGAAGGAUCAAAGCUAAAUUUGAAAUUAGGGUAUACAACAUUUUUGUUGAAAGGAUUUCUCAAAUUGAUAGGAAAAAUAGAGGACAACAAAACCAUUUACCAACAAAUUUAUAUCAGCAAUUCACUUUGA